GCCACAACGACAUAAACAUGACUAUCAAAAACGUACAUUUAGUUUUGUUUGGUUAUAUUAUUUUGUUUAACACACAUCUAGCUGCUGCUGAUGCUGCCACAAAUGGUGAUACAUUGACAAGAGUUCUCUCUGAACUUGAAGAAUUAAAGGCGAACGUCAGCACAUGCGAAGAAAGACUGAUGGUAGUGGAGGAUCACAAAAAUGACAACACGUUGAAAGCGUCCACAAAUGAACAGAGAUUGGCUCAUAUGGAGGAAAUGCUUCUCGCUGCAGAGAGAAAAAUUAGAAUAACCGAAAAUAUUUAUGAGAGAAAGUUAGCUCAGACAGAGGGUAAACUUCGUGGAGCAGAAACCAAACUAAACGUCGUUGAAGAGCUACAUGACCGCUUAGCACACAUAGAGCAGUUGAUCGUGAGCUUUAGUUCCAAAGAUGGUGACAUUGAAUCGGUCAAGGAAGCAGCCAACAGUUUGAGAAUACAACUGCCACAGAAUCCGAUGAGGGAAAAUAUAUCUAAUGCAAAGAUAUUUGGUAUCCACGAAGAAAAACAUGGGGAUGAAACCGACAAUAAAACCAACACUCAAAGAGAUGACUUUAACAAUAUCGCUGAAACACGACGAUCAUCUAGUCGAAAAAUAGAUAGAGGGUCCAACUUUCCCUACUCGAAGCGACUUUUGGGUGUAGUCGUAAAUCACAGGCCUGCUUUUUCAGCCUUUUUAUCCGAUCACGUAUCUGGACUGGGAAAAGAGCAAACAAUUCCAUUUGAUGACGUUUUGCUAAAUGAAGGUAAUGCGUAUGACCCAGUUCUGCAUGCAUUCAUAUGUCCGGUCAAUGGGAUAUACAUGUUCCAAUCAGCCGUUAUGUGUAAUCAUAAUCAAUAUAUGCAGACUGAAAGGAUGGCACAACAUUGACAAGAAUG